AUGGAGCAUGCCGCUGAGGAACAGUAUGCUACACAUGUUGUCGAUACUGAUGAUGUUGAUGAUAUUCAUGAUGCUUAUGCACAUGCUGAUGAUUCUGAUGAUGCUGCUGAUAUUGAUGAUCAAGAUCAGCAGACCGGAUUUCCCGGAGGACCGACGGUGACACGUGUGUUGACACAAUAUGAGCAUUAUGUGACUCGGAUGCUAUGGGAAGGAGAGGACUAUUUGUGGGCUUUUGCGGCACUAGUUUUCCUUUAUGACAAUCUGGGAGAUGGAGUUGUCCACGACACUCGACAGUUGAGUGGUUACAUGACCCUACUACAGCACUUCCCUAUGAUCUGUAAGCGGGGUGAUAGAGGAGCGAUUCCUGCACAUAUUCCAAGAGCAUGUAGGUGGACUACAAAACAUGUUGUUGAAGGUGGAUUAAUGGCAUAUCGUCGGAGACUUGAUGCGUUGUUGCUCGAGGAUGUAGUGUUCACACCAUAUGAUGAUGAUCGAGCUAAUCAUUUGUUUGUAUCGAUUUUGAUGUUUUCUAGAUAUCUUCGAUGUGGUGGAGUCUCAGUCACUGCAUACUACUACUAUGCAUGGUACAUUAAUGUUUCACAUCCUCUGAUUCUCCCUCCAUCCACUGUUGCACCUUCGAGUCCACACGAUACUAUUGUUGCACAUGCUAGUACAUCAUCUUCUACACAUGCUGGUCCAUCAGAGCGAGACCGUAGAGCAGCUAAGCUUGUACGUAGGGCCAUAAAUUUGGUAACUCCAUUUAGUGAAAUUCAUACCAUAUUAAGCGAGUUAAGCCUCUUGUAUGAAGAUUAG